GGAAAAGAAAAGCGCUGGUGAAGAGCCUGAGGGCCAAUGCGAGCAGCCAUCGGCAAUAGGCAGCAGUAGCAGACGAUGUCCAACGACGCACUGUGGGUGUCUGACGCCAUGUUGGACUCGCUCAGUAUGCAACUUCGCGAUGCGGAAGCUCGUAGAGCGGAAGCAGAACGCGCACAUCAGGAAGCUUUGGCACAGCUAAGGGGGAUGUCGUCUGGCGGUGUCGGCCGGAUAGGAGAACCGAUGGACGCCUUACAAUCGAGGGCACGCGAAUUGGAAAAGAAGGCCGCUCUUGAAACAGUCAGAUGCGAAGAGCUGCAGCUAGAACUGUCGGCGGCCUUAAAGUCCCGCCCGGGCCGAACUCCGGCCAGCGUCAGUUCCGUUAGUGGCGUCGGAAGUCUUGGUAGCACAAUUACAAGCAAUUCAUCCGCUAUGGUCAACAAUAUCGGUAGUCUGGGAAGUAUGGUUGGCAAUUCCACGAGCCUAGGAACAUCCUCCGCCCUGAGCGGCAUUGGAGGUGGUGGCGGGGGAGGUGGAAUCAGUGGUAGUGGAGGAGGAGGAGGAGGUGGAGGCGGUACUGUAACCUGGGCUCCCACGCCGACCCAGCAGCAGCAUCAGCAAGGAAGCGAAAUAGAUAGGAUUAUGGCGAAGAUUGAACAGGACAAUCGUAUAUUGGCCGAGUUAGAGCACCCGCGAACGACUGGACCAAUAAUGUCGUCAUCACUGGGAUCGGGCCUGUCCAGUACCGGUCUUAGUAUCUCCCAGCAUCAGCCCCACCUCCAGACAACUAGUUUAGCGUCUCACAUCAACAGUACGUCCGUACUUGGUGGGAUGAGCGGACUUUCCAACAGUGUUGGAACCGGCAUUCCCAACUCAAUUGGCUUCAACUCGAUAGGCGUCAGUUCAAUUGGCACCGCUGGCGUUUCCUCCAUUACAGCCGGUGUCAAUUCUAUGCAUGUCUCGUCGGUCGGAGUAACCUCAAGCGCCAGCAGCCACGCGUUAACCGAUGGGCAGUACAGUGUGCUUACAUCAUCUACUGGAAACUCUAAUCCUUACUCAGCAGCUAAUGUCUCACCACUGCCAAGUCGAGCGAAUCCACUGAGUACUACUAUGCCACCCUUAUGUCAGAGUUCUACAAUGCCCGUCCUGUCAUUGCACAAUACACACUCUGUGCCAUCGGGAUCAGCCAGUUAUACCUUAGGACUAAGCGUAGCACCCGUAGCCUCAUCGUAUACAUUUCCAACGCACUCGGCCACGACUGGAGGACUGGCGAGUGUGCUCGGCGGCGUUGGCGCGUCGGGUAUUGGAACAGGUGGAGUGUCGGGCUUGGGAGGCCUGGGAAGUGGCCUCGGAACUGGUACCGGGCUUGGCCUAAGCUCAACUAAUCCACUGUCCAGUACGUUGGGUACCAACCUAGCCAAUUUCAACACGAGUACGUCCUACUCAACGUACACCAACCCGCUGCUAGCAUCUGGUGGUAUAACCUCCAAAAUCAAACCUUUAGACGAAUUAGAUUUGCUAACACGAUACGGACAACGUGGAGGUACACCCUGUUCACCAAUUCCACCGGCCAGUUGGGGUCUGGAUAGCUUUUCCGGAAUUGACGGCGUUAAUCCGGCUUUCAUGCACACUCAGAAUCGGUCCCUCAUGGGAAUGGACCUAGACGCACGAACGCACGGUUUAACACUGAACGGUACCGGUGAACCGCAAGUGGAUAUGUUAGAUAUACCGGGAAAAGGUAGAUGUUGUGUAUUUAUAGCAAGAUUUUCCUAUGACCCGCCAGAAGUGGAAGGUUCGGAAGGUGAAUUGGCGCUAUGCGCAGGUGAUUAUUUAUUAGUCUGGGGCAACGGUGAACCACAGGGUGGUUAUCUGGAUGCCGAACUGUUAGAUGGUAGAAGGGGCCUGGUGCCCGCGUCCUUCGUGCAAAGAUUAGUAGGUGACGAUUUGUUAGAAUUUCAUCAAGCCGUGGUGUCCACGCUACGGGACGCUGAUGAUGCUCCCAUUAGCCUCGAUCCAGCGCCGAUGCCGUUGGGUAAUCCGCACGUGCCGCACACAACCGAAGACUUAGUCCGAAUUAGUGAAUCCCAUACCGACGUAGGUCAAGAGUUCGACGACGAAGCCGACACAGUUCCUGCACCGAAACACCUCACCUUGGAACGGCAAUUGAAUAAGAGCGUCCUGAUUGGCUGGACGCCACCGGAUCCUCCUGGCUGCAAUCAGAUUGAAAGCUAUCACGUGUACGUGGACGGCGUACUGAAGGUGACUGUCAAGGCGACCGAACGCACACGAGCACUGGUGGAGGGCGUAGAUUCCAAUAGACCACAUAGAAUAAGCGUACGUAGUGUAACACAAAAUCGUAGAACCUCUCGCGACGCUGCCUGCACAAUGAUCAUCGGACGUGAUACAGCACACUUAGGACCAUCGGCAGUUAGGGCUACCAACAUAACCUGCUCCAGCGCAAUAAUUUCGUGGCUACCAGCGAAUUCCAAUCAUCAACACGUGGUUUGCGUGAACAACGUGGAGGUACGAAUAGUAAAACCCGGCGUUUACAGGCACACAAUUACAGGGCUGGCUCCCAGUACACAGUACCGAGUAACGGUGCGAGCGAAACAUCUACGUGCUGCCGGUCAGACGCAAGCGCAUACUACUACGACAGCCCCUCCACCGGAAGAAGCCCCCGGAGCGUACACCGAUUUCAGAACACUGGCCAAAGGACUGCCCGAUCCUCCACAGGAAAUCCUAGUCGAGGCUGGACCCCAGGAUGGAACCCUGCUGGUAACCUGGCAACCAGUGACACGGCCACCUUCUUCCGGUCCAGUGACCGGCUAUGCCGUAUACGCGGAUGGCAAAAAAGUGACUGAUGUUGAUUCGCCCACUGGUGAUCACGCUCUGAUCGACAUCGGCAAACUGGUCGGACUCAAUCCCCGAGCAGUGACAGUGCGGACCAAAUCGCGCGACUCCCAGUCGGCGGACAGCACACCAACCAUGAUACCAAGCUUUGGAUACCCAGAAACAAAUACUGAAAAUGGACUAAACUAUCCAUCAUCAUCACAACAAUCGCAACACAAUCAAGACCAAGUGCGCCAAGCAGCCAGGAAUCGAAAUCCGGGCGGGGCCAUCCAACCGCAGCCGGGUCAUCUGCGGAAUCAGCAACGGAUGUUGAACAACCAGCAGAUGAUGAACAACCAGGGCAUGAUGAACAAUCAAAUGCAACCGAUGAACCCGAAUCAGGUGAUCGAUCACGAUGAGAACCUAAGCGACAAGGAAAUCUACCCCGGAUCGAUGCAUCAACAGGAGCGUUCACAACGCGAUUCGAACAGCAGCAGCAUUCCGGCGAUUGAAAUCACUAAAGAGACCGCCACCGACGUCACCUAUAUCAGUGACGACAGCGAGUACCAAGACGGUGCUAGCAGCGGUGGCGGAAGUGGACGUCGUCGUAGCGGCCCUCCUCCGCCACAGCAGCAACAGGGCUACCGGAAUCAAAACAUGAACAUCAACCAGCCUGGACGACAAACAAAUCCUCAAGGACCAAAUCAACCUUACUACGGUAAUCCCAAUAAAACGCAGCAGCCGCAACAGCAGAUGCCGCAGCAACAACAACAACAGCAACAGCAGCAAUCCCAAAUGGGCCGCAACUUAAACCAACCGCGACCGACGAAUCCCAACCAACCGGUGCCACCUCAAGCGCAACAGCAACGAAUGGGUGGCCCAGUGCCUGGUCAACAAAUGACACCUCAAACAAUGCCCUUUCCACCGCACUUGAUAGGAGCAUCUAAAAAGCCACGUUACUACAUGGCAGUCUACGACUACGAUCCAGCAACCAUGAGUCCAAAUCCGGACGCGUGCGAAGAAGAGUUAGCGUUCAAUGAAGGUGAUACUAUCAAAGUGUACGGAGAUAAAGAUCCGGACGGUUUCUAUUGGGGAGAGCUUCGAGGUCGACAAGGUUUUGUUCCGGAAAAUCACGUCCAAGAAAUAGAAGAUGGUGCUCACGGGGGCGGCGUCGGUCCUUCUGUGCGGGGUAUUAGCAGGGAUCGAUGGGGUGACAUAUAUGCCAACAUGCCGGUAAAACGUAUGAUUGCGCUGUAUGAUUACGACCCGCAAGAACUAAGUCCCAAUGUGGAUGCCGAGGUGGAAUUAAGUUUCCAAACCGGCGCGGUCAUACUGGUGUAUGGCGACAUGGACGAGGAUGGUUUCUAUAUGGGCGAGCUCGACGGCGUACGAGGCUUGGUGCCAUCUAACUUCCUUACUGAGGCACCGGAUCAGUACAAUAACCAAGGGCCCACUGCAAACAGUCUCGCCCAGCGAUCACUGAACAGUGCAGCCAACCGGGGUCGAGGCGCCGGACCCGGGGCACGAGGGCCACCUCCUCCACCAAGGGACAACAUGGGCGGCAUGGGUGGUUUGAGUCAGCGGGGCCCGCAGCGGAGAGAUGCUCGCCCUUCUUCCCCUACACUGUUAGACAACACGGGCCACCCUGCCCCCGAUCACCAAACGCAGGGGAUGCAGGGGAUGGGAGGGAUGAUCGGUCAAGGAAUAGGGAUCGGUGGUAAUGUUGGCGGAAUGAGUAGUAUGCAGCAACAGCCACUGCAACAACAGCAACAACAGCAGCAGAUGCGACAGCAGCAACCGUCAAUGAUGCAGCAACAACAAAUGCAGCAAAACCAGCAAGCCCAACAACAACCCACGACCUCAGCGUCAUCCGGUGGUGUCUUCUCUACAGCUACCAAUCUGCUAUCUGGGGCCGCCGGAGCCGCUACCGGUGGUCUAUUUGGCAAAAAACCAGCCGCACAGACCCAGCAGCAACCCGGCCAAAUGAACCAACAGCCCCAACAACAGUCAUCCGGUCCAUUUAGUAGUUUAGGAAUGAACAUUGGUUUGGGCGGCAGCCAACAGCAGCAACAACAGCAACCCGGGCAACCUGGACAGCCAGGUCAGCCCGGCCAACCUGGUCAACCUGGUCAGCCUGGGCAACCCGGUCAACCAGGGGGACCCAACAUCAUGGGCAAGAUUCAAGAAAUGGCAGCACCAGGCGGUGAUAUCCUGUCCAAAGGUAAAGAGCUGAUAUUUAUGAAAUUUGGACUUGGUGGUAAAUAACCCCAGGCAUUUAGUUUACAACAUUACAAAUAUAAUUACGACUAUUAUCACUGGAACUGUAAUGAAGCUAGACUAUACUGUACAAUAUUAUUGCUAUGAAUUACUCUCAACAUUCUGAAUCCUACGACAAACACAAUACGGGAUGGAAAGGUAGCAUAAAUGAGUCGGAAAAUGAAGGAACAAGUAAAAUAGGCUAGUCUGUAAAAAGUAAAAAAAAAAUCGUUGUCAAUAGCUUUGGUUUAUACAAAAUGGGAAGAUUGAAACAUGUAAAUACGACAAAAGCUAGUUUUUUUUAGGUUUAAUGAAGUUUAAUAAUUAUAGCUAUAGUGACUAGACAAAAGAAAACAAAGACAUGAUCACGCACACGUAUUUUCCGCAAAGUUUCGACAAAGUAUUGUUUACCCCAUACGAUUUUCCUCGACUUAACAAUUGUUUGUUCUACUUCGAAAACAAUGGAAACAGUUCUUCAAAGAUGUAGAUAAAACUUUACAAAGGCGUUUAAACAUUGUUAAUACGUUUCGUUGCAUUUCAAAUUUUGGUUCCGGAAACGAUUUAAGAUGAGAGAAAAGUUAAAAUUAUACAAUGUUGUAGUUAUUACCGGGCAUAAAAGACAAGUUCUAACAUUAAGAUGAGUGAUCAAAAAAAAAAACAAAGUGAAUGACAAGGUGAUAUUUACAUUUAAAGCAAAUCAUUACCCAUAUCAUUCCAUAAAAUAAUGCUAUAAAUAUAUCAUAUAUAUUUAAAGAGAUGAACAAAUCAACAUUCAUGCUUCAAAGUGCUGUUCAAACAUUAGAAAUCACCAAAAAUGCAUCUUUACAAUUGUGUAUCCAUAAUCCAUCACCACAUGCUAGCAAAUAUGAAAGUAACAAAACGUAAUUGAACCGAAGCGAAGCGUCUUUAGCACAACAUGAUAUAUUAAUUAUUAUUAAUCAAGUAUAAGUAUUUCAAUAAUAAUGAAACAAAAAUCUUGAGAUCAAUCUUUAUCGUUAUCUUAUCAUUGACUCCUAACUUAUAAUGUGAAUUGCAGAGUAAGCAAAUAUCAACCUAUUACACUGUUAUUAUUUGUUACUACCUUUGUUUGUUUAUUCAGAGACUCGCUAAAACGUUGUAUUUAAAGUCACCUAUCACAAAUCUAAAGGAAAAUAUGUAGCUAUUGCAACAAUUAGUGUAUUAUACAAAAGAAAGCAUAAAACAAAAUAAUAAAUUACUUCAAAGCUCCAGCUACUGAUUUGAAGUUUCUCUUGAGCAUAGGAUUCGAAGGCAAAUCGAAUAGCCGAAAACAAAAACAAAAUCCUAGAUCGGCUUGUAAAUAACAGUGCUAGGUCGGUAAGUAUGAAACAAAUCUUAGCGAAACGAACGAUUGUUGCCGGUUGUUAGCUGAACGAAACACGGCCGAACGUUGACAAAGAACAGAAAAACUUUAAUUCCAGGUGAAAUGUUAAAAAAAAAUAAAGACGACCACAAAUGUUUACCCACCAUUAUUAAAUUGAGAAUAUUUAUAGUUAUUAACCAAACUUUAAAAAUAAACAAAACGAAAGAAAAAACAACAAAAAAUAACCAAUUUUGUGACGAGUCAUGAUGACGCGCUAAUGGAAAAAGGAAUGUAACAUAAAAGCAAACAAGAAAAAAAAACAAAAAAACUAAACUCGCUAACAAACUUUAACAUAUGACCACUCUCACUCCAAGCAAGCCGGGAAUCAAUAAGUUACAUCAGACGAAUAUUGCGACGAUGUUGUGUAGGAAACCAACACACCAUAACACUCGUAUUGUACGGUACACUGGAGUACGUUUACCAGAGGUGGCUUCAAUUUCUCGAUGUAAUAUGUAUGUUCAAGUUCAUUAUAUAAAUAACCUACUUAAAUUAAUCUAUUUGGCUAUUCAAUUAAAAGGAGAUGUACGCCAAAAUGAAUGUUUAGUGUUUUCGUUUUUACAUUCCGAUUAAUUCGUGUUGAAUAAAUUAGUAAAGACAGUAUUUUCUUCCUUUACUCGAAACCACUUUUUCAUUUUAAUUAAACAAAACCGCAUAAAAAACGGAUAAGAAUUGUCGGACGGACGUCGUCCAAGACAAGCCAACCAUUUGCUUGCGUCUGCCCGACGUUGUACGACAAAUUCUUACGGGUUUGUUGCUCAAUACGGUUUGGAACAUAGAUAUUUUAUCGCCAAAUUGGAGCAAUCUCUGAAAUAGUUACUCACACACAGACGCGUGUCUCCUUCCACACAUACACAGAUACACACAAACAAUACAUGUACGUACUAUCAACACGUGCACCGUUUUGCUAAGAUGAGGUGAGGUAAUGUCGAAAUAAUUCCAGCUUCUGUAUUUUUGGAUAUGAAAAAAUUAGCGGCCUUCUUACUUUCUUUUCAAAACGUCAAAAAGUUUGUUCUGCUAUUUUUGUAGAUCAAGCCUAUGGUACACCCAGGAAAAAUGCGGUCUGCGGUUGUUAUCAAAAGCUAUAGUUUCAAAAAAAAUUAAACAGUGAAGGACUUCUUAGUAAUUAUUUCAUCUAACCUUGGACAGAACAUGAAUCGAAUGGCGUUGCAAGGCCAGAAACGUAAGUAGUUUUCAUGUAUUUUAUAUUGAAGUUAUUUUCUUUUGAUUUUGAAUUACUUUUUCUCUAACUGACUCUGUGUUAAUUCGCAUUGAACGCCGGUGAUGGCUAACUGUGGCUUGCCCAAUUUAACGCGCGCGCUCCGGAAUGGCAGCCAGCUCAAACUAUUUUGAUCGCUUUCACUUAAUUAAUCUUACUCCUUCGGCGAGAAAUUGCACACCUAUUACGUUUCAUUAUAACAUCAAUUACAGAAGUAUAACAAGAUUCUUGCAUCGCUCUCCUUGUUUUUCUAGGGCCCGACGACUGUAGCUUGGCAUGAGGUCUGGUCAAAAUUUUACAGCACACAUACAAACUUGUACUUACUCCUCUCAUAUACAUGCGCUACAAAACGUGCAUGCUUUACUUGAACAAUGCAGCCAUACAGAAACAAAACCAAAUUGUUAGGGUUUUACUUAAAAAAAACAUUGGCGGAACUAGCUAAAGAGGUUAGCCUCACUUUGCAUUGUGAAAAUUUAAGCAUCUUUAGUAAAAAGAGAUCAAUUCUUUAAACUUAAAAAUUAUAGUUCGCUAUCCGAAUAAUUCGCUAAAUAUGCUUAAUGAAAACCCCAGCGUAAUUUCUAUUAGUAUCGCUUCAAUAAAAUUACAUCCACCAAUUGGUAUUUAAUUUCAAUACGUUGACGAAAUAUAACGUUCGAAGAAUGCCGGGCGCUACAGCCCCCCAAAUCAAUGCUAGUUCCGCCAAUGCCGAACAACAGGUAUGACUCGAACAACUACGUUACUCAUCAUACAACAAAAGGUGUAUUUGGAAUUUCUGACGACAUAUUUUUACCUCUGCGAGUUAGGGUUAUUGAUUCACACCAAAAGUUUUAUCAUAUGUUGCUGCAGUAUUACGUCCAUCACAAAUGAUAUUACCGAGUAUGGUCAUCGUUUUUUAAUUAAUUUAAUACCACGACCACCCUUUGAGUUAUCCUUUCGAAACAUUAUGUUGUUUUUUAUGAAUGACUAAAGAUUGGUCAUUUAGAAAGGAUGCACUUUCGAAUGCGUGUAUUGUUGUUUACAACCAUUGUUUCUUAAAAUGAAAUAAAAGUAAUAACACAGAACAGAAUACAGAAAUGGAAGGUAUUCUACACAUACUAGAUAACCUCGCAGUAGUGAGACUUUCUACGAAAACAUCCACACACGAAAGUAUAUAGAAGCAAAAGAGAGUAAGUGUUCUGCACAUAUUGCAGUUAUUUCCCAGAUAACACAAGAUCGUAAUAGAAAGUUCACAUUAAGUCGUAUGCAUGUCCAUUUUACAUUGGAAUUGCAUAAUGAUUAGAGUAUGUCAAGGCGAAGUGUACAAUAAGUUGGUUUGCGGUCGUGCGUGUCGUCAUAUACAACUUAUUGCUGUGAAUUGUAAAGCAGUAUAAAUGACUGUAACAUUUAGAUAUAUCUUAAUCGUAUAUUAAGGAUUAUUAAGUUGCGCGUUCCAAAAAUUGUUGUAUAGAAUGUAAGAUAGAAUUAUCAAAAUUUUUGCACGUAUAUUGCCUCCACUUUGGUACUUAUAUGUUCUUAUGUGGUGUGAAAUAUAACUUUUUCGUACGGAUAUGAAUUCGUAUCUCUCAGUGGCAACCGAAAUAUACAAACCAAAUUGUUUACUGGGUUCUCUCUAUGCGAAAAAGCUUUCAAAAGAAAAAUAAAAUUGAAUGAGACUCUGUUACCACUUUUGGUCGUCGCAAGGUUUGAACUUCAACUUCUGUUCUAAGGUAAUAACAUUAUAUUUCAUAAAAAACUGACAAAAAAUUGUGUCAGCACCCUUCAUUUUUAGCUUCCGCCUCAUUAUCGCCCAAUACUCGUUUAUUGGACGAAACUGGCGCCAAUUUAUUAGACUCGGGACACAUUCUAGCAUUACGGAACACAAUUAGCAGCCAUUUUUACUGUGUAAAUCGGUUCUUGUUUCACCAAAAUUUUGAUAAAUAGCUAACAAAAUUGGUUACUAAAGGGGACUUCACUUUGCAAUUGUAACCUAAAGGGUGUCCCACAUCAAAUUGCACCACGGAAGAAACGAUGUAGAAAAUUGCCCAUUGGGUAUUUUCUCUUUAGAAAAUUUAAGUAGAAGUAGUUUAGAGUGCAUUGUUCACGCUCUAUUUUUAUAGCGGCGAGUUUUUCGAAAAUUGUAAAAAAUGGCUUCACCCGAAAAGCACCGUUUAUUUUGCGCAAGCACCUGGAAAAUCUUCAACAUUAAUGAUGAGACUUACGUCAAGGCGGACUUCUAAAUCACCCUAUUGAGAUAAACGCCACUUUUUUGAAAAUUUCCACUGCACAAUACUAAACUACAUGUUUAUUGUUCUGUCUAUAUUGCACUGAUGCGGAUAUAGUUGCCACUCGCCGAGAUCUGUGCACAUAAAAAGUGAGGGUGUUUCAAAAUUUCCAAUAAUGUCAAAUGUAAAUGGUAGAUAAGUAUCUAGUUAUCAAUUUCAAGGUUCUUGCGAACCACGAAAGUGCAUUAAUUUUUUCCACUCUUAUUACAACACAAAACCUGUUUUCUACCGGUCGCAACUAACUGGAGUCCAGGCCCAGUUUUACUUGCCUUCGUUUUUUUCCUUCCCAAUAGACAGAAAGAUUUCAUGCUGUUUGAGUGGGGUAUUUAUAUCGCAGUGUAUCUCCACGGGAAGGAAGCAGGUGAGCAGUCCUUGCAGGUAGAAAAAUCAUUGUUGUUAAGGUUAACGUUGCUGAUUUUAUUGCUCGAAUGUUCCAGCAUUCUGUUGAAGUGGCCCGCUGAGAAGCGCUGCUUGUUUUGCGUCAGACCUUUUGAAAUCCUUACUAGCAUGGGAUUUCACCCAUAAUUGUCCGUUUCUAAAAUGCCCCUGGAUACCAUGAUUUUUUUAACUUUCCUUCCUACAAUUUUCGCCACGGAUGUCAGCUACAUUGGUGUGAAUACAAAUAUUUUUCAUUUUGGCGUACAACCCAAAUCACAUUAAAGUGAAGCAAAAUAUAAUCAUUAGACGUGCUGAGUAAGCUUUUUUUAUCAACAGCCACAAACCAAACGACACAAGCAUGAAACUGUGCUAGGGUAACAACAUUGAACGAUCUUUCUCUGCAUAUUUACAGCAUUCCAUCGCGAUUGAAUCAAUGUAUUCAGCAAAAAACUCAAGCAGCACAAUUUUAGCACUUUUAGUUGCAUAAACUUAUUUAUGACAAGAAUUAGUCAUAUAUCAGUUAACAUAACUACUUUGUAACAACUGUGUUAGCAGGGAAUACCUAAUGUAGACUGACCAGACAUCUUGAAUCUCGCGCGACAUUCUCGAAUUUCCAUUGCCUGUGCCAGAUGAGUGUCCCAUGAAGUGUCCCGCUCUGAUUGAUUAAUUAUUGAUCGUUCCAGUUGAAUGUUUAAACCUUUAGAGAAAAGCUACAUAUGACAGAUUUUUUCUGGAAAUUUCGAACGGUUUACCCAGUCAGCCAGUGGGUCAGUUUUGUCCCUUUUUUCAUAGAAUACUGAACUAAAAAACUCUUUAGUUAUCACAUGAUGACAUAUUUCUAAAUAUCAUUUGUUGUGGUACGUAAUACUACGUUUCUAAUCACCGGUAACGAGUAGCACUAAUUUCCAUCCAUGAACCAGACGCAAAAGAUAACGUAAAAAAUGACAACCGCUAUAGAACAAUCUCUCUUUCAAUAAUUCAAACGAUACGUAGAACUGAAAUUUGGGAACCAAUAUAACACAACUAAAUGGUAUUAAUUUUACGUAAACCACGCAAGUGGUUGCGAUUUUUUUUAUUUCCCAGCCAAAUUAGCGCAAAGAUGAGCAGAAUGCGAUUAUAAAACUAUAAAGUUAGUAAGAUAUUGUAACUGAUUACAGAAUAAAAUUUUCUAGACCGACAACGAGAUUAGAGCAAGUUGUAAGAAUCAAGCAAAAAUGGUUCUAAUUUUUCAUUUCAAUUCGGUCAAAUUUGUCGUUCAACAUGUCAUUAUCUAGUUCUCCAGAAUAGAGAAAGCAGUCAAAUAUUUACUUCACCUCAACUUUUUACUGACUUUUCAGCUAACUACUUCUAAAGAACACAGAAAAAAAACACACUCAACUUACAACAUGAACAAAUCUAUCAAACACGCAAUAUUUGUUAACAAAACAAAAUCAACUCAUAGUAACUAGACGCCAAAAGAUUGGUAAACAAUGUGAAUAUGCGGGCAAGGUGAUAGAAAAGGGUUCGAUCAGUACUGUAAAACACUUUAAAAUUAGUAGUAUUCGUUGUUAUAUUGAAGAAAAGAAGAGAAAUAAAUAAAUUGAAAUAAAAAAUUAAGUUCGGUGCCUUCUGAAUGUUUGACGCGUGGAAUUAACCUUUUAGUGCUACUACCUUCGUGUCGUGCUUUUGUAUUUUAACAAACACUUGUUUCGUUUGGACAGCAAGAGAAAGCAAGCCUCCAUUUUUAUUUUUGGAGCGCGUUUCUUAUAGAAUUGAAUACAAUUUCAUCUUAUUCAUGUACUCUUCCUACCAACUAAACGUUCUUGUGCCAGCAGUUCCAUUUUGAAUACAUAAAUUACCUUACGCUGUAUAUGACUGUCUUUUAUUCCCAUGUGCACAUCAACGUAACACUUCCUUCAUCUUUAGUUGGAACUACAUAGCUCAAAUUCAUUCAGCUCUUGGUAACGAAUCGGCACAAAACAUCCACAGAUAAUUCCGCUUGUCUUAUUCUUGUUUUGUUUCCUUUGCCAUUUUGCAAAAAAAAAGUUUACAUAAAAACUAUUGGAAGAAAACAGCAAAAUCAGCCGCUGCUACGAAACAAGCACGACAAGAUAGCUGCAGCUAGCGAAUCAUUGGAAGUGAAAAGAAAAUCUGGAUGAAUUACAAUAAGCUGAAAUAGAGCAACGCAAAACAAUGUUAAAAAAUAGCUGAUGUGGAGAAGCGUAGUGCUUUGUACAUUUAUUGAGAUAACAAACAGUAGAUAUACCACUAAGAAAAUAUGAGUAAACUAAAAAUAAAACACUAUUCCAAAAACAAAUGCGCUUCUCAUGCUUUUUGUAAAUAGUCACGACGAAGACUUCUUCAUUUUCUAUAGCCAUGUAAACAAGGUAGCUAUUAUCGAAGGUAAAGCAACACAACAAAAAUAAAAGAAAGCUAAAAGCUAUGACUAUCUUUAUACACAAGAACCAAGAAAGAGCCGUGUUUUACAAACUGUUUGCAUUUUGAAUUCCGCAAUAAUGCCACGAAAUGCUUUUCUCUCCAAAACUUAACCGUCGGAUAAAACCUUGAACCAGUAAGUACAGAACGAAACUUCACUUUCGGCUUAACUUUACUCAUCGCUUGGUAUGCUCGUCUCUCUUGUAUCUAACGGUGUAAAUUAUGUCCAGAACAAAACGGUUUACGCUAUCUCAUCAGUAUAUACCAAGUCUAAAACACGGAGAACAAAAACAAUAAUUAAUUAUAAUGAUCAAAUCAAUAGGAAGAAGAAGAAUCGCACGAGAUGACAGCCAAAUUCAAAUUUUCAACUCUCAAUAAUUAGUUUAGAAGCGGAAAGAAACUAAGAAAAAUUCUAGUGUAGCAAACAAACACGAUACACAUUCAAACAAUCUCUAUGAUGAAGGUGGAAUGAUUAUUAUAGAUUAUUGCAUAAACGUACUUCAUUUAUGUAUAAAACUGACAAAACCGGAAAAUAGCGUGACAAGCAGUGUUUUGACAAGUAGCUGUCGAAGAGAGAUUCUAAUAAAGCGAAAUGUGCGAAAAUUCGAGAAAAAAAGCAUCAUGGUCGAUCUUUUUCUAAUUUCAGCUUUACAAAUUAUGAAGCAAACACAUAUCAUACCUGCAACGGAUUUUUUUUUCUUCCAAUUGCUAACGCAAUUGAAACCACAUUGACCUAAAUUCUUUCCAUGAACACUCAAUGGACACUUGUCUCGAAUGAAAUUUCUACAACAAUGUACACGCCAUUAGGUUGAAACCUCAACACUGCUUGAAGUUAUUCACAUACAAUAGGUACAGAGAUUUUUGUUUGAACUUAUUAUCCCCAAACGUCAGUAGCUUUUCGACUAUCGAAAAACAAAAACAGUAGCGUUACUUCGAGUGCACGACAACAACAACAAGAACAACGCAUGGCUUGAAAGGUACAAACAAGUUCAACGGCUAUACUAAAACAGAAAACAUUGCAGCGUGAUAUAGCUACAUCAGACCACACACAAAAAAGCCACACAAUGUAAAGAACUCAACCAUACCAACAGGAAAGUAAACCAACAAGAAACAACAAUAAAACAGGCGGAAACUAACAGAAGAAAUACAUCUUUGUAACGAUACUGUUCAAGAGAACAUUACAAGCAGAAAAAUCAAUAAAACCGUAAAUGUAAUGAAAA